ACAGGGAUGACCAGAGACUGCGGACAGCACAGGGAUGACCAGAGACUGCGGACAGCACAGGGAUGACCAGAGACUGCGGACAGCACAGGGAUGACCAGAGACUGCGGACAGCACAGGGAUGACCAGAGACUGCGGACAGCACAGGGAUGACCAGAGACUGCGGACAGCACAGGGAUGACCAGACUGCGGACAGCACAGGGCUGACCAGAGACUGCGGUGGGCACACCAAUGAUCGACAAGUCCCAGCCAUGGAUCAUCUGCCGAGAUCU